AUGUCAGUGACACUCUGUUUGCUGCUGUUGUAACAGUUCUUUGCUCGGCUGCAGUCUCUGGAGCAAUUUUUUAAAGAGUAGAGAAAUCUGAUUUUCAGAUGUUUCCACCAUUUGAAUUCAGGGUAUUGUAAUAAUAUGAAACACCUCUUUACCGCAAGUACAUGGGACGCGAUUUGAAGAAACAUGAUGACCUCGGCAACAUGCAAGGCUGGCUCCAAAAACUCUUCAAAUCAAGAGCAACUUUAUCAAAGGAACAUAACCAAGAAGUAACCAAAAAUUCAGUGACUUCUGCCAGCAGUUCAUUGUCAUCAUCACCAGGGGGAACCCCUUCUAAACCGCAGUGUCUGCCGGCUGCUCUCGCUUCUGAGUCGAGAUGGAAAAGAAACUAUGACAUAUUUGUGUGUCACAGCAAUGCCCAGAGUGACAUUGAAGAGGCCACACGCCUGGUCUCGUUCCUUGAGGCUACGCCCCACAGCCUCAGGUGUUUUCUGUGGCAGAGGGACACCUGUCCAGGAGGUGCCAUGUCUACAGAGUUUUGCCAGGCUGUAAAGGACAGCCACUUAUGGGUUCUGCUUAUCACACCUAACUUUGUUCAGGAUAGUUGGUGUAGUUAUAUGAUGCAACAGGUGCUAUCAGAGGGCCCCAUGUCCAAUAGGUUGAUUCCUCUACUUCAUAGCCUGUCCCACUCUCAGUACCCCCAGGAACUGAAGUACUUCUACUACAUUGACCUGAGCAAGAACCCGGACCGAGGCUAUACUCUUGUCAACAGGGCUGUACUCAAGUUGCUGGAAGACCUGCUUAAAAAAGAGAUGACGCAUAAUUUCAACAUGAAUGGCUCUAACAGUGGAUUAGAUGGAGAAGACGGCUCAUAAGAAGAUAAGCUGAUGUCAAAGUACAACCCUGCAGGGACUGCUAUUCCGCUGGAAGUGAUGCAAAAGAGCGAUGAAAGCUUUAGUGAUGCUUCCUGUGAUCAUCAAAAACAGUAACAAAGUAUAUGACGCAUGGAGGGAGGACCUUAGCUACUGACUGACCUCAGUUUUAGUGAUCCUUUUAUCACCACAUGCUGUGAUUUGAAGGAAAUUUUAGCUAUAGUGUAGCUGUUAGACUUUUUGCACUUUAUUAACACUGGGUAUGUGGCAGAAUGUAAACAGGAAACAGCACAGGAGUGAAUUUUCCCUAUCAGAGCUCGCAAAAAUAUAGUGUGAGCCGACCAGUUAUUGAGUGCAUACGUUAAAGGAGAGUGUGUUUGUCGUCUUAGCUUGUAAUUGUGAUUUGUAUGUAAUUGAAAAUAAGAAUGAACAAGUGAACAUUAAUAGUAUGCAGUGAGAGGGGAUUGUGUUUUCCACUAGGUGGAGUAUUCUACUAUAUAUUCCUACAGUAGAGAGCACUAGUGAGAAAACAUGAAUGUGUCAUAUCUUUGUGUAUGUGUGUGUGUGAGGUAGUGUAUAAGAAACGGAAAUAGCCACUCAUUAAAAACUGC